AUGCCUGCAAAGAAAGAAAAUAGGCAACAAAAGGAAGCUGCUAAAAAAGCAAGGGCCAAAAGGGCGGCCAAGGUUGCUGAAGAUAAAACAUUUGGAUUGAAAAAUAAGAACAAGUCUAAGAAGGUCCAAAAAUACGUGGAGAGUUUAAAAAAGCAAGACCCGUUAUUAAGGAAAAAGCAAGAACUUGCAAAAAGGAAGGCCGCUGAGAAGAAAGCACUGGAAAAGGCCAGAAAAGAUGCCUCAAAACUUUUAACGCCAUCACUUCCAAGACAAAAGGUACCAUUUGGCGUUGAUCCGAAAAGUAUAUUAUGUCAAUAUUUCAAGCUUGGGCUGUGUACCAGAGGCAAAAACUGUAAAUUUAGUCAUGAUAUGAGCUUGAUGAAGGAAAAGGCGAAAACAAAAGACUCUCCUCUGAGUGAUAAGGACAAAGAGAAGGCGGAGAAAAUGGAUGAUACUAUGGACAAUUGGGAUGAGACAAAGCUUCGGACAGUUGUGGCCAAGAAAGAAAAGGGCGAGCAUCCAACAACAAACAAAGUUUGUAAAUAUUUUAUACAAGCCGUUGAAGAUGGAAAAUAUGGAUGGUUCUGGACUUGUCCAAACUCUGAUCCUAAAAAUGGCAUUGAGUGCAAAUAUAAGCAUGUGCUUCCGCCAGGCUUUGUUUUGAAGACCAAGGAGCAGAAGAAAUUAGAAAAACUUGCAGCAGAAAGUAAGAGCAGGCUUACAUUAGAGGAAUAUAUAGAAAGGGACAGGCAGAAUUUACCAAAGGAAAACCUAACACCUGUGACGCAAGAAACGUUUGCAAGGUGGAAAAAAGACCACAAGAAGAAACUCGUGAACAAAAAAGUCAACACCAUAAAAAAGGCAGCAUUGACUGGUAGGGAGAUAGUGCUCAAAAAGUUCCAGGAUAGGUUCUUCAGAGAAGAAGAAGAACGUGCUGCUGAGCAGGGUACUGCAGUGGAUAUGUCUGAGUUUAGAAAGGCUAUAGAAGCAAUUGAAGAAAAAGAGCUCAAUGGUCGUAGUGUGAAAGAUUAUGGAGAUGGCUCCAAUGCCUUUCUUGCCGCAAACAGCUGA